AUGAGUGAAUCGGACCAUCGUAGAAGAAAUCCUUUUGCAGGGGAUGACACCGAAGGUCAACAGGAUGCUGAUGGCGACCAUAUGGGCGAAGAGGUUCCUUCAGCAAUGACGGAAUCGUACAGUGAAAUCGCUUACACUCACAACCUGUUCUCGGGUACGGCAGCUGAAGAAACGGAUGGAGGUACCAGCAAUGGCAAUCAACCGGACGGAUCGUCAUCAUCUUCAUCCUCCUCACAGACAAAGAAGCGGCCCGAUUCGUUGGUGUGUGAUGGACGCAAAGCCUCGUUUCCGUACAAUCUUGAAGGUACGGUACGGGUGGACGGAAACAUGACACACUUUGUGGCAGAAAACCUGGAGUACAAAAUAAAGCUAGCCAGCCCGGUGACGGUGACGCGGAAAGAUUCCUGCAACCUUUCUAGCUCCCGGCAAAGUACACCAUCCGCCGCCACCGGUGGUGGACAUAGUGGGCUGAGUUUUGCGGCUGGUGGUACUAUGGGUGCAGCAAAUCUAUCACUUCCCGGUAGUAGUGGUGGUAUUUACGGGCGAGGAUCAACUGCGUACGGCGUUGGGUUCACGGGCACCAACCCGUCCUCAUCAGUAUCAUCGGUCGAUCCGAACGUGUUGAAUGAAAUCGAACGUGAAGCACAGGCACUGGCGGCAUCGGUUGACAAUUUGUCCGAAAGCUUGUGCAGUGUGCUGCAUUCGAUCUCGUCAAUAACGGCGGACAAUGUGGAGAUUUACAAAAAUUCCGUCACCAAGCUUACGGACUGUAUGGACGGUAACAUCAAGUGUAUGUACACGAUAAUGGCCAAAGCGGAGGAAAUUUCCAAAACGAUAAAACCGGCCGAAGCGUUAGCUGUAAGAAUACGUGAAAUCAAAAGACUCGUCGACAUGCUGGAAAGUAACCUUUAG